AUGGCUGAUCCAGCAGAGAUUACAGAAUACGAGACAUCUGACUUGUCCAAAAACACCAAUAUUGUCGAUAAUUCCCUCUCCCGAAAGCUUAAAGACGUGGCUGCGGGAUUUGUCGGUGGAGCAACUCAGGUACUUAUUGGUCAACCUGCAGACCUCGUCAAGAUUCGACUUCAAACUACGUCGGCAACCUCUUCAAUUCAAGUCAUAAAAAAUGUCGUGAAAAAUGAGGGCCUUUUGGCGUUUUACAAGGGCACGUUACCUCCAUUAUUUGGUGUUGGAGUGUGCGUUUCGCUACAAUUCUACGGGUUCCACGAAACAAAGAGACAGAUUUUGCAAUACACUGGUCAAAAACAGUUGGAUCUUUGGCCACAGACAUAUAUUGCAGGAGCAAUGGCUGGUGUAGUCAAUUCUCCAGUCACUUCUCCGGUAGAGCAAUUGAGGAUUCUUAGCCAAUCGUCGAGUGGGAAGCUGAUAUCUAUGAGCUCGACUGUCAAGGACAUAUUUGCCAAGCAAGGCCUCAGAGGUAUUUAUCGUGGAUUUGACAUUACAUUACUUCGUGAAUUUCAAGCAUAUGGAGUUUGGUUUUUGACGUACGAGACAUUGAUCAAACAAAUUACCAACUACCAUGGCUACAAAAGUAGAGAUCAAAUCAGCACACCCGAACUAUUGGCAAGUGGUGCUUUGGCAGGUAAUGCUCUUUGGUUGAGUUCAUACCCACUUGAUGUGAUAAAAUCAAAUGUGCAAAGUGAUGGGUGGGGUGUAAAUAGUAAAUUUGGUGGAAGCUCAAUCAAGGCGGCAAAAUACAUCUUGGCCAAUCAUGGUUUCGUUGGAUUUUGGCGUGGUAUUGUGCCAUGUUUGUUAAGAGCCGUUCCUUGUAGUGCAGGUACAUUUGCAAGCGUUGAAUUGGCUUUGCGUCUAAUGGGUUAA